UCAGAGCCGAGCACACAAACCGCGAGCUCUCGGUUUCCUGCUUCUUACAAACUAUCUGACCAAUGAAUAGCUUCAACUCAAACGAUUAUAGCAGCGGCAGACUGAACCGGGUUUAUGAGACUGACAUAUUACCCAUACAACUAUGAAUGUGAUAUAAAAAAAAGUUUAUAAAUGCUCCACAUCUUGCAUUAUGUUAAAGGGUAGCGAGCGAUAAGUGUACUGACAUUCCAUUACGCCGUAAAUUGAGCGACGUCAUUAGUUUUGCCACUAUGACGUCAUAAUUCAAAGGUUGUAUGCCAGCCUAUGGAUUGUGAUGUGACAGAAAGUUGUGUUUGCACAGGAAAGAGAUCACCUGAUAUUACCCUUUCACUGCAAUAACCAAGUCAAUGGAUACUGAGGAGUCUCCGAGCCCUGUCGAGGAGGAGAAGGAGAAGGAAAAGAAGAAAGAGGAGACAGAGAAGGAGGAGAAGAAGAAGAAGUGGAUAUCAAAGCCGACAGUCCAGGACAACGUCCUGCCAAGGGCUGAGAUCAUCCGCUCCAAACUCAUCCACAGCUUCUACCUCCUGGAUCACAUGCAGGAGGAGCUGCGCGGGACCCCCAAAUACAGCACCAAAGACGUGCUUGAUCCAGCGGUUCUGAACAGGCUGAUGCUGGAGGAUUCUCAUCAGCUCAUGCGGUUCGAGAUCUGCCCCCUGCGCUGCUCCGUCAUCACAGACCAGGACCGCAGACGCAACCGCCUCAAGAACCGCUGUGCCUACUACCCCCCGCUCAACAUGUGGGCACACUGGGUCCUGGAGAGUGAGAUAUUUGUAAACACCAUUCUCUUCCUGAUCAUACUCAACACCAUCGUGCUGGGCGUCCAAGCAGAGGUGUUUGACAACAUGGACCCCAGCAUGGACAUGCUGAAGCUGGCCCUGGAUGUGCUGGACUGGAGCAUCCUGGACAUCUUCCUGAUAGAGAUCCUGCUCAAGUGGAUCGACAACUUCGUCAGCUUCUGGAAGAGCACCUGGAACAUCUUCGACUUCGUUGUGACUGUGUUGUCCAUUCUCCCUGAGCUGAUGAAAGCCCAGGAAGGGUUAAAUUCCUCAAACCUGGAUUUUGUGAAGCUUAUCCGGAUAUUCCGCAUCCUCCGAUCCUUGAAAAUGGUCUCCAAAUUCCGGCAAGUGAGGAUCAUUGUGCUGGCCAUCUCCAAAGCAUUUAAGGCUAUGAGCUUCAUUUUGCUCCUCCUGGUGGUCUUCACCUAUAUCUUUGCUGUGGCUGGAGUCAUAUUCUUCCAGAGCUAUACUCGCUCUGACCGGCCAGACCUCAUCUACAACAAGAACUUCAAGGAUAUCCCCAGCACCUUCGUCACCCUCUUCAUCCUCUUCACCAUGGAUCACUGGUACGCGUUGCUCCAGGACACCAGGAAGGUGGCAGACUUGGACCAGGCCAUCUGCGGGCUCUACAUCAUCCUCUGGCUCCUCAUUGGCUCCUUCAUCUUUAGGAACAUAUUUGUAGGCAUUAUGGUGAACAACUUCCAGAUGAUCCGGAACGACCUGUCCAAGGAGGUGAAGCAGAUCGAGAUCCAGCAGAGAGCCGACCUGUUCAAGGCCGAGAUUAUCAACAGGAGGAUGAGUCAGAUGAAACUCACAGAUGGCCCUGCCCAGGACCCUCCACCAGAGGGCAGCAGUGAGGAGCCCAGCUCAGAACAGACCGCCACAGAACUCCCGGUCCACACAGUGAAACCCACUGCCAGUGCCACAGACUGGAAUGCCUAUGUGGAGGAUAACCUGAGUGUGAUGCGUGACCAGGAGGAGGAUGAGAAGGUGACGUGGCCCCGAGACUCCCUCUUCAGGUACUUCGAGCUGCUGGAGAAACUGCAGUACAACCUGGAGACGCGCAAGAGGCUGCAGAACGUGGCAGCUCAGGCUCUGAUGAAUUUCCACACCUACUAAGAAAGACUACACUGUGCGUCUGCCUAUCGACCAGCAUCAAAGAGAAACCCUUCAACACUCUUAGCACAGCAGCACCAGCUAGACACUGCUGUCAAUGCUCAAUGAAAAUAAUUCACUAGCAAUAAAGUUUUGAAAUUAAAGAAAUAACAUGGGUGCUGGAAUUACUGAAACAAAUAGUAAUACUAGAAGAUCUUCAGGCCAGACUGUGUUCACAGAAUCAUUUCACAGCCUGCAUGGUCCCAGGGCCUAACCCUUUCAUAUAAAGCAAUGGGAAAAAAUGUAAAACAUUUUCAAUGAAAAAUGUAUUUAUGAUGUGUCCGAAACUACUUUUUUCCAGAUCUUUUUUUUUUUUCCUGCAUGAAAGGGUCACAAUAAAGCCGUUUCUUUGGGAUUUAGAGACGCCUGGAGAAGAUU